AUGUUUAUCAACCCCUUCAAGAGGCACGACGUCUCAGAGUUUCCAAAUGUCUUGGUCCCUCUGGACGAAAACACCCAUCGCGCGUCCAUCUCUUCGGCAGUUCCCAAUGAAAGUGAGAAGGCCAACAAGGAUGACAAGGACGCAGCGCCCACCGAGCAACCCACGCGACCUCCGAGUGAUGUAGGCAGUGGUAUUGUUAACCAUGGAAUGACUGUGCAAUCGCUAAAGGCAGAGAUCCUUGCAGACGUCGCGGCGGCUGACCAGGAUACGCCAUAUGACCGCAAGUCAAAGGUUAUCAACAAAGCUCUCCAAGACAUGGGUAUGGGCAAGUACCAGUGGGAGCUUUUCGCCUUAUGUGGAGGUGGCUGGAUGGCCGACAACUUGUGGCUCCAGGGUGUCGCUCUUACCCUUCCUCAGCUGUCUGCUGAGUUUGGCGUAAGCGAAACAGAAGUUCGUUACACCACGCUCGCUCUCUUCCUUGGACUCUGCAUCGGGGCUUCAUUCUGGGGAACUGCCUCAGACAUUAUCGGUCGUCGUCUGGCUUUCAACUUCACACUUCUCCUCGCUGGUGUUUUCGGUCUCGCCUCCGGUGGCGGUCCCAACUGGAUCGGUACUUGCGCUCUGUACGCCUGCAUUGGCCUGGGCGUAGGUGGCAAUCUGCCUGUUGAUGGUGCCCUGUUCUUGGAGUUUUUACCGCAGACCUCUGGCAGCCUUCUGACCCUUCUUUCAGUCUUCUGGCCUGUUGGCAACCUAAUUGCUUCACUUCUAGCUUGGGCUUACAUCCCCAACUUCAGCUGCUCAUCCGACACACCGCUCGGUCAGUGCGCGAAGGAGGACAACAUGGGCUGGAGGUACCUUAUUCUCACUCUUGGUGCCAUCACUGCCCUCAUGUUCGUCUGUCGUUUCUUCCUUUUCCAUCUUUACGAAUCACCCAAGUUCCUGCUUUCUCGUGGUCGCCAGGCCGAGGCUGUCGCCACCGUCUAUGGAAUUGCACACUACAACAAGACCACCACGUGGCUCACCGAAGACAUCCUGAACUACGUCGGCGGAGACCAGGAAGUCACACAAGAAGAUGUCGGCCUCAGCGUCUUUCAAAUCGUUAAGCGUUCCUUGAGCAAGUUUUCACUCAAGCGCUUCAGCGCCCUCUUCGAAAACCGCCAGUUGGCCAUCUCGACUUGUCUGCUUUGGUUCCAGUGGACAACUGUUGGAAUGGGAUAUCCUCUCUUCAAUGCCUUCCUCCCUCAGUACCUUGCCAACUCCGGCGGCGAAGUCACCAACAGCGUCUCCACUGUGUACCGCAACUACGCCAUCACCGCUAUCGUUGGUGUUCCCGGUUCUUUGUUCGCUUGCUGGACCGUUGACUUGAAAUACAUUGGCCGCAAGGGAACCAUGGCUUUCGGCACUGUUGUUACUGGAGUCUUCGUCUUCCUUUUCACCAUCUCAUCCGACUCCGACUUCCAGCUAGCGUUCACCUGCCUCGAAGCGUUCUUUCAAAACAUCAUGUACGGCGUACUGUACGCCUACACUCCAGAGGUUUUCCCCGCGCCGAUCCGUGGUACGGGAACUGGAAUGUCUAGCUUCCUCAACCGUUUGGCUGGUCUUUGUGCACCGAUUGUGGCUAUCCAAGCUGGCUCGAGUAACCCUAAAGCCCCUAUCUAUGCUUCGGGUGGCUUGUUUAUUGCUGCCUUCUUUAGUAUGCUGCUGUUGCCCAUCGAGACCAGGGGCAAGCAAACGUUGUAA